GAGAAAUUUCUCAACCAGGAAGCCCCAUCAACACGACAUCAUUUGGAAGAUUGGUGGAUCAUUUACAAGCCACGGAGUCCCCGAACUCUGAUCUUCGUUACCUCAGAGAGGAAUGCCAAGAGGAGAAGCAGAUCGUGCAGGGGAGCUUUGAUGAACCUGUUCCCUUAAGAAGAAGCACCCAGGCUGCGGAAGGCCCUCCGCCUGAGGUGGGAGAAAGAAAGGAUUCUUGCCCCAAAUGUGGGAAAACUUUCUGUCACAAAUCGGCACUCACUGCUCAUCUGAGAAUCCACACUGGAGAAAAGCCGUACCACUGCCAGGAGUGCGGGAAAAGCUUUAACCAGAGCUCGGCCCUCACUCAACACCAGAGGAUCCACACCGGAGAGAAGCCCUACGCUUGCCUCAGUUGCGGCAAAAGAUUCAGCCAAAGCUCUGCUCUGACCCAGCAUCAGAGGAUUCACACCGGGGAGCGGGCAUACACCUGCCUGGACUGCAGGAAGAGCUUCAUCUACCAAUCAGCUCUGAUUCGGCAUAGGCGAAUCCACACGGGAGAGAAAUGCUACACGUGUCCUGAUUGUGGGAAAGGUUUCAACCAAAGCUCCAACCUUAUUACGCACCGGAAAAUUCAUAAAGGCAUGGAAGGUAAUGAAACAGCCUAUGGGAAUGACAAAAAGAGUCCUGAGCUGGAAAAUCGUGUGCACUUAGAACCACAUAGCAACACUUAUAUGACGUUCCAGCAAGAUUGUCCUCAGAGUUCUCCAUUGGAAAAAUGCCUUUUGGACUGGAAAAUUUCCAAGCGAAACCCUUCCGACGAGGCGCAGGCAGCACCUGUGCCUAGCACGGGAAGUUUGAUAUCCCAGAAGGACACUGUGAGAAAAGUAGGCAUUCCUAGGGUGAAACGGCCACUUAUCUGUCACGUCUGUGGAAAGAACUUCAGAUACAGCUCCCAUCUGGUCAACCACCAGCGGAUCCAUACGGGAGAGAAACCUUAUCACUGCACAGACUGUGGGAAAAACUUCAUUCAGAACUCAGCGCUCAAAAGGCACCAAAGGAGUCACCGUGGUGACAGGCCCUAUCGGUGUCCAGAUUGUGGGAAAAGCUUUAGUCGGAAUGCCCAUUUGGCGAAACACCAAGGGAUUCACACCGGGUUAAAACCUUACGAAUGCCUGGACUGUGGGAAGAAAUUCAGUGUGAAGAUGAACCUGGUGAUUCACCAGCGAAUUCACACAGGAGAAAAACCCUACAUGUGCUUGGAAUGUGGGAAAAGCUUUAGCCAAAGGGCUCAUUUCAUUAUCCACCGGAGAAUUCACACGGGAGAGAAACCUUACGAAUGUCCCGACUGUGGGAGAGCCUUUCGCGUGAGCUCACACUUGGUCACACACCAGAAGAUCCAUAUGGCAAAGACUUCUUUCAUAUGUCCUGACUGUGGGAAAAGUUUUAACGGGGGCAAACAGUUCAUUCAGCAUAAGAGGUGUCACGCCACUGGAGAAAACAGUCCCCUGCCAAAUUCGGGGGUAACUAUUAAGAGUGAACCCUGAAUUUCCUUAUUAGAAGUGAAUUCCUGGUUCAAACACCCCUGGGGUUAAAGAGGGAAUUUCUAUAUGAGGGAAUCAAAGGAGGCAAAACGUCUCCCAGCUGUCUCUUCUGAUGGCCAAUUAUGAGCUUUUUUCUGCGCAUAGAGCUGGGUUCAAGGCAGCUGAUUCAGAGAGGACCUUUUCUCAACUUUUAAACUGUUGGGGCAGCAGAGUUGAGAGCCAAAGACAGACAAUACAAUACUGGCUUGGGUGCAGAAAGACCUGAUUUCAGCCGUAGGAUCUCAUUACACAAACUAACUUUAUUCAGAAAAUUGAUAAUAGUUGAAGUGGAGAAAAAAGCUUGUGUUUACUGUCUUUGAAUCCUUUAGAUCAAGAACGGAGUGCCACAAAUAAGAUACUAUUCCCAGAAGAGAUCCACCCAGUAGAAUCAUCAGACAUCUCCAUCGCUUCUGAACACAUCCAGGGUAGCAAGGAAAGGACAGAGGAACUAGGAAGAGCUUGGUUUCCUGAGAGGACAGUUUUUAUGGGUGCACUAGCUUUGGAGAACAGAAGGCACUUCUUGUGGCAUCCAUCAACUGGGCCUUUGCUUUGAAUCAAAGAAGGGUGAAUUUUUGAAAUGCCACUGAGGCUGGCCAAGAUAUUCUAUUAUUUAAAGUGAAUAACAAGAUGUCUGGCCCUCAUUCUGUUUACAUCACCCCAGCUACUUUCGUAGCUGGAUUUUAUUUCAGCUUGGGCAAUUAGACAUCUUUUUGUGCUAGGCCACUAGGUGGCAGUCUAGCUUAGGGGGGCCCGAGGAGAAUGUGGGGAGGAGGGCUGCUUGCUGCUCGAAUGUGUAGAAUCGGUGCAAUGAUGAUGUGUUCUGACCUAGGCGUCACAAAAUCAUGAAGCAGACUCCUUGUCCCAACAAAACCCCUUUUUAUUAAGU